AUGGCACCCAAGGGGGCAUCCAAGCACGCUCCCGCCAAAACCAACCCACCACCCAACACCACAGCCAAAGACUCAGACUCCCCUCCAACAUGCGAGUCCUUCAGCCCAGCCAAAAUGAGUCUUGACACCUACAAAAGACUCCUGUCCUGCUACCCCACUACAGUCAAAACAGUCCAACGCCUCUCAGCCCUCCGCGAUCUCCAACCGGAAAAGGUAGUCAAAGACAAGCCGUCGCCACUAAAGAAGACCUUCUUCAGUGCCGAAGAAGAAGAUCAAGUUCGCGAGAAGGUGAAUGCGUUCCUUGAGCUUGAUGAAUGGCGGUAUGAGGAGUUUCCUCAAACAAUCGCGUCGCGCAAACAGGAAUCUUCGACAGAUCUCCAUCUUACGAAGGAGGAGGUUUUGAAAGUCGUUGAGUGGAAGCUCAAGCACGGCGUAAACCGCCCCUGGCUCCUAGGCCAAGUCCGCAACAAAAAUACAUCCCAAGCAAUCGAAAAAACCACAAAGGAAGCUCUCGCCGCCCUCCCAACAGAUCCCACCGCAGAAAAGGAAAAUUUACUCCCAAUCGAAAGCCUGGGAAUCCUAAACGACCUCCACGCCAUCGGGCCCGCAACAUCCUCACUUCUCCUGUCACUCGCGACGAAAUCCUCCCCGCCGCCUUUGCAGGUACCCUUCUUCUCGGAUCCGCUUUUUGCAUGGCUUGUUGGGAAUGAUUUUCCUGAGACGUAUGCGAGUGCGGUUACGGCUGGGAAUGUUGUUUCGGGGUGGACGGCGGGACGGCGAGCUGCUGAGUGCGUGGACUCCCCGCAGAAAGGUCCUACUACUGGCAGUAAUCAGGGGAUAUUCACCCUCGGCCCAUCGAAAGAGGUAAAAUGCCGCUACACAACGAAAGAGUACGUAUCACUCUGGCGUGAAGCGACUUCAUUCCGGGACCGAUUGAGUGCUGAAGGGGGUGAGAUUACCAUGACGGAUUUGGAGAAGGUCGGAUAUGUGUUGGCCAAUAUCGCUGUUUCGGGGUUUUAUGAGGGGUUUGAUGCGUGGGGGAUAUUGGAGAUGAGUGAUAAGCAGCGUGCGGUUGCGCUGGGGAGGAUUGUGGGGGGGUCUAGUGGAGGAUGGAUUGCUGGUGGAUGA